CCGCGCCGAGCCGAGCCGAGCCGCGCCGCGCCGCGAUGGAGGGUUCCGAGGCGGCGAGACUGCUGGGGGAGCGCGGCCUGGGGCGGCUGGCCCAGUUCAAGACCUACCGGCGGCGGUGGUUCCUGCUCGCCGUCGUCAGCCUGCUGAACUGCUCCAACGCCAUGCUGUGGCUGACGUUUGCUCCUGUGGCUGAUAAGGCAGCUGCCUACUUCCACAUUUCCCUGGAGAUGGUCAACUGGCUCUCAAUAGUGUACCUCCUCAUCUCAAUCCCGUUUGGUCUGGUGGCAACAUGGGUUCUCGACAGCGUGGGGCUCAGAUAUACUGUGAUCCUGAGUGCGUGGCUGAACAUGACGGGUAGUGUCAUCCGGAUAUUCAGCGUCCUGAAGUUCCUGGGCUUGGAUUCCCAGAGUUACUGGUACCUAUUUACUGGGCAGUGCCUCUGUGCACUGGCACAGCCCCUUAUCAUCUUUUCACCGACAAAACUGGCAGCGCUAUGGUUCCCAGACCACCAGAGAGCAACAGCAAAUAUGAUCGCAUCAAUGUCCAAUCCCUUGGGUAUUCUUAUAGCAAACGUGCUGUCACCUGCACUAGUUCCUGAAGGAAAGCACAUCCCAUUGAUGCUGGGUGUUUAUGCCAUCCCAGCAGUAACAGCCUGUGCUGUAGCAACUGUGGGGAUUCACGAGAAGGUUCCUCCAACACCUCCUUCGGCCAGUGCCACUAACUCCAGCUCCCAGCCAUUCCUCACGGGGCUCAAAAUGCUCCUGAGAAACAAGCCAUAUAUCAUCCUGGCAGUGUGCUUUGGAGGAGGAAUUGGGAUGUUCACCUGCUUUUCGGCUCUGCUAGAACAGAUCCUUUGUGAAAAGGGGUAUUCAAAUGAAUUUGCUGGCCUGAAUGGUGCACUGUUCACAGUGUGUGGUUUGUUGGGUGCUUUCCUGCUAGGCCUGUAUGUCGACAGGACAAGGAAGUUCAUAGAGUCCACCAAGAUUUGUUUCUGUCUGAGUGCACUUGCCAGCAUCAUGUUCGCAGUGACUUCUCGGUUCAGACAUCGGGCCAUCACACUGGCCAUCACCAGCUCGCUCUUUGGUUUCUUCGGUUUUGCCAUCUACCCUAUUGCCAUGGAGCUGGCUGUGGAGUGCUCCUACCCUGUGGGAGAGGGCACAUCUACAGGCCUGAUUUUUGUUGCAAGCCAGAUUGAAGGUGUGAUUUUAAUGAUUCUGUUACAAGCCCUCACCAUGCGUGUUUCUGAGGAUCCGUCCUCCACCUGUGCCCUUGAUCAGGAUGGAGCCCUGGACUGGACAACUGGUCAGAAGAGACAGCAACUGAGAUGGAUAGGAGCACAAAUGUGUUUUCACUGCAGGCUAAACCCUGGUUUUGAUCUCUCAGCUGGUUCAUAUUUGUGUAAUACUGACACCAAGUCCUGGGACACACUGUAACACAAAGACUGGCAAACACCUUUUAAAUAUAUCCUGCUUGGCUGAGCAGAAACUCCCCAGAACAAGCUCCACUAGCUGGGAGAGAAAAAGGCUUCACAAUAACUGCCCCCCAAAAGCAAUUUGACUGCUUCAUGUCUGAAAGCCCACAACUCUCCAUCUCGUCAGAUCAGAGCUGGAUUGCAUGAUUAGGUACCCAUUCCUACCCAUUUUGUGGUCUGAUACAUGCAAGGACAUCUGUGGAGAAAGGGAUGGAGGUGUUUAUUUGAGGCACUGCUGAAAUGAGAAGGUAACUACUUCCAGGCCUUGUUGCAUAGCCUUUUAGAUUUACUUUUUUUUUCCUUCAGAAAAAGUUCUUUCAACACAAAUUUUUCUUUGAUUAUUUAUCCUUAGUGAACCUUUCCUACGCUUCGCUUUCAGAUGAUAUAACAAGAAGCACAACCUGUGUGGAUCUGUUCUCUUACAAAGCUCAAGUGUUUUGAUUCUUGUAUCUUUCUUCACCACUCCCCAACACAGAAACGUGUACAUGUACACAGAAACACACACUCCCACAAACACACUGUGCUCACUGGUGUAAGACCUCCAACCUCUGCAGUCAUAGAGGACAAGGGUCCUGGAAACCUUUCACAUUUCACUCAAAUCGUCUUCCUAUGCCAGUGUUACAUGAGACAAGGUUUGGCUGUUACCAAUCUGGUGUUGCCCCACUGUGAGCUGCACACUGUCCUCAGGGGUAGCCGUUGGGAGGCUGUGCAUUUGCUGGGGACCAGACUUGCUCUGGACUUCUGCACCCAUGGGGAGUUGUGAAUUCACUGUCUAAGAGUGUAUCUUCUUUGCAGCUCCGGUACUGGUGCUGGCUGGCCUCUGUAGUGCUAUGGCUUGUUUCUACGUCAUCUUCUUCCACACUGACUACAAGCGGCUCCAUGCUGAGACAAACAGUGGUGAUUUGGUCAAGGCAGAAGAUACAGCAACAGCAAAUGUUCCUGAAGCCUAACCAGGCCAAAAAGGGGAUGCCAAGGGCCCAGUAAGGGAAGGACUCAGACCUGUGGGCAGGGACCAUGACUGCAAAUGCUCAGCUGGCACACUGGGAUAUUCAGGUCCUGUUGCACAACAAGCAAGGGCUAAAGCAGAGGUGUCACUGGGGCACCUUUGCUGUGCUUCCCUCAAUCUUGUAUUUAUUUGUGAGUCCAGGCUGUAAGAAAGGCUGCCAGAAAGGUCAAAGUGGGACUGGACAACAAAGCAGGUAACAGGGAUUUUUAGCUGACUUGAUUCAAGUUAAAGAAAUGUUUCAGAGGAAAGGAAUAUCAUAUUUCAGCUAUUUUUUCAUUUUCGUGUACUUGUAUCAGGGGUGAAGCUUUCAGAGGGGUGGAAGCUGUGCCUGUCACAAACCCAGGGGAAAACCUCUGUUUAAGGACUGUGGUUCUUGUACAUCAUAACAACUCUUCCACUCUAAGGCUGGAGCUAAUUGUGCAUCUUAGCUAAAGAAUCGUAGGAGCUACAGUAUCCUUCCAUUGCAGCAGGGAAGUGUAGGUAUGUGAUCUAUAAUGCAAGUCUGUUACAAUGAGCCACUUUGUCCUCUCUUACAAACAAGAAAAGAAAAGCCCUACCUGCAGUGCUGCCUGUAAAAGAAAGUGUCAGUAAGCAGCAGAAGUUAAAUAUGGCAGCAAUCUUCACCCUUCUGGUUCUCUGCCAGAUGCUGAGACAUGCAGGAUAAGCUUGUUUUACUGGGGCUUCUGUUGUUUCUCCAUCUCUCCUGCAAUUCCAGUGGGUUAGUUAAGUUUUCCACAAGAAGAUGAACAUGCUGGUGUAAGAUGAGGGUAGUGUACCCUCCCCAGGCCAAGUCAUGCUCUCCUGUAGGGGAACAUUAAGAGGGCAGCUCACUUUUUGCGGAAUGACACAGUGGUGCCCGAUAUGGUAGAAGCUGGCAGAACUGGCAAAGGUGACCACUUAGAGAAGGCAGGGAUAUGUCAUAAGUUUCUGCACAUGAUAGGGGCUUUUUGGGGAAGACCAAGUAAGAAACAACAACAACAAGCACCUUCCAGUUCUCUCUGCAGCUGACAGCUGUUCUUCAGUAUUAGAAGAGAGGGGUAGUGACACAAAAGAUCCCAUCUGAAGUUGUUACCCUAACAAUUGCAAUGGGUACAACUGGAUUUUUCAUUUUACAGUACUUCCACAGCAGUCCAGUGUCCUGCUUUGUUGUUCAGGUCUAGAUGUACAACCUGAGAACUUUUUAACCUAUAACAUUUCAGUGGACUUGGUGAUGCUUCAUACCACGCAUCUUGCAAGAAGAUCUGAGUACUUCUUGAUUAAGGGAACUUGAUGCACGUUGGACCUGUGACUGGCUUUGUCCAGUCCAGCUAGAGGAUGAUCCCAAAGCAAAGGAUGCACUUCCCCUGAGGCACACUGUACGGAGGAGCUCUCUCAGUGCCUGAAUUAUCUUCCCCAUUAGCAACUGGAAAUCUCUCCCUUUGUAAAACACCUAGCUGCAUCCUUCUUGGGAGCCUGCUAGUUCCUACAGCUCCAGCCUUGCUCUCACUACUAAGCACUGUCAAAAGGAGCAGGAAGGAAGUCUGAACCUGAGGUGAAACAAGAUCAGUUUGGACCUGUCAGAGGAAUGGGAUUAGCUGUCUUUUGCAAAACUAGCUGGUCAGUUCUGCAGCCCUGGACCUAAUACACUGAACAGAUUAACACCAAAUUUACAUGCUACUCCUGAGUCCUACUGUACUGGGAAGCAAGAAGCACUUGGUACUUUAUAAUUUUAUAUAUUUACAAAUGCUUAUGUUUUUUAAUAAAGGGUGGUUUAAGAAAAGAUAAACCUUUUCUCACUAUAUUAAACUUCAAAAAGUAUUUUAUAGAUGCAAGGGUGCAUCAGAACUGCAAUGUAGCACAAACCAAAGGUCUCUGUAUUUGCCAGAAGUGCAUUAAGUUGUGGUCAAAAUGAUGAUGUGAAGUGGUAUCUCAGAUCCCUAAAAUCACAGUGUGAAAUUAGCUGUAGGUUAAACUACAGUUAGCUCUAUUUUGAAGGAUAUGUUAGAGGGGUGAGGAAAUACUGCUAGCAAAUGUCUCCAAAAUCUGCCAUUGCCCUAGUCAGAAAGUCUGCCUUGCACCAGCUAAGACACACUCAUCUUUAUCCACGCAUAUAAAAGAGAUCUGAAUGGGGAGAUUUUUCUCUCUACUCAUGCAUCAGACUUAUAGGUGUGUGAGGUUCAUUCUGAAUUCCUAAUGUGUAGCGGAGCAGGUAGCUCCUCCGCUAUAUAGUUUGUCAUACCCUGGCAGCAUGCCAUAGAGGAGUUAUGGCAUUACUAACAGUGAGGCCCAGUAGCUCGCACAAAUACCUCCUUGCACCAUCGGCUGUUUCUGCUGCUUCAGCUAAAUUCACAUUUUGUCUUUAGAACAACAGAGGCUCAAACUUCUGUGCUAGUCUGUAAUUACCACCAUAGCUGAAGUCAACUUACUACUGUACACUCUUCUUCUCAAGGCUGCAUAACUUGUCUGUCUCUCACAGCUCACAUUUAGAUGUGCCUUUCCCUGGGAAGCCUGUGGAAAGCGUGAAGCUGAAAUCUUAGCAGGACAGAGGGAUUUUGAUGUUAAGGCAUGGGUCUGGUAUGCUGGGGGGUGGACCCAUGUCCUCUUCCCACCAAAAGAGUGGUCUGGCUGCCUUACCAAGCCUUCUGUGACGCCGGGAACCCCAGCAGAGGCCUCUACAAUAGGUCUGUAGGGGUCACUGGAAAACUGGUACUGCAGAAAGCCUCCUGCAAAGGUGAAUGGUCCUGGCUGUGGUCUGGUCUCACUAGAGGCCGCCUGCUUUUGUAAAGCCACAGGAUAGGGCCAUAAAGGUCAGCCAACAACUCCCAUCACAGUUGGGGAUCCUAGAGAAGCCCUCUGACACAGGCAGGGAUAUGCAUUCUUGCCAUUCUGCACACAGUUGGGGUCAAGACAACACUUCCGUUGCAAGAAAGGUUGUUUCUCUUGCACAGCAGCCAGUCUUGAGGCCCCUGGAGCAGCUCAGUCCAAAGGUUUUCUGCAGGACACUACCACCACCUGUCUCUAGAGCAACUCUGCUCAGUGAGAUAACCCUACAGGCUUCCUGCAGCCCCUCAGAACAGCCAACUCUCUCUGCCCUUUUUCUGCAGCCUCCCCUGGGGACUGCAUGGGGCUGGCAGAGGAAAGUCAGGUUCACAUGAGCCUGGGGGUGAGGUAUGCUGCAGUCUGAUGACCAAGCAGUUCAUGCCUGCCCUGUCCUGUGCUGGCCAGACUUGGCUGUAAGUGCCAGGAAGGCAAAAGGGGCAGGGGCUGUACUGGAGAAAAGCAGCCCCAAGGAUGCUCCUGUGAGUACAGCUGCCUCAUUAAAGACCUUUAGAGAGGCUCAGGUGAGAUCCUUUGUGCUGCCAUGGGAUGAGUACUGGGUCAGUGUCUGGUACUCCCAUGCUGCACCUCUCACAGGGGGCAGCGGACAUAUCAGCAAAGUCCGCAUUGACUCCACAGGUGUUUGCACACCAGCACAGGAAGGCCUGCCUCUACAGGAUUGGGUCACCCUGGUUGGAAUUGGGGUAAAGGUUGUCUACACUGUAAACCCCCCCAGCCCCAAACCAAACCAAACUAACAUUGGUGCUGUCUUUUUAAGUAAGUAAAAGCAGAUUUGUCAUCAAAAUGUUAAAAACAAAUCCAGGGAAACUUUAAGACAGAAGGUACCUUUUGCUUCCUCAAAAGAAAGAAAAUACUGUAGAAAAAACCCCAAACACAUGUAUAAACUGUAUAGAUAUAAAAAUAUUGCAGUGACUGGAGCUGGCAGGGGAAGCAACACAUCAUGAAAAAAACAAAUUAUGGCAAUGGCUGGAGUAGCCAUCCUGUCAGCUGUUAUUGCCCCUUUUUAGGACCACUGUGUUCAAACACCUUUAGCCCUGAGCAAAGAGACUCAGUAAGCAGGAUAGAUACAGGUUGAAAGUCAAAAGCAAUUAUACUUUGGGACUACAGAAAAAAUUCUUGUGCCUCAUGCCUUUCUGAAAUAGAGAUUUAUUUUCUUCCAAACCCCAGAGCCUCAAAAUCUGUUGUCUACUCCUCACCUUCACCUACACCUCUCUUUGGAUCAAGUUUGUCACAAGGAUUUCAUGGCCUAACAGUGAAAGCAAACCAAUUUAGCUUUCUGGAGCUCUGUGAGGCUGGAGCUCUUCGGAGGUAUGUAAAGCAGCAGCUAGCAUGUCCAAGUUCUGCCUGAUACUCUGCAAUCUUAAAUAAAAUAAACACCAAAAGCAA